AAAUAUCAAAGUUUACAUGCGGCACAGCACGUUCGUAUAUUAUCCGGGAUGAUUCGGUGUGCGUCAGUUCAUUCGCGGAACGAACGUCGUCGCGUUCGCUGUUAAUUAUCAUUCACACAGUGCAUUUGUGCGCGCUGCAUAAAUGCAAUUCGUGCGACGAGGAUAAAGUGCACUGUGCCAUUGUUUACUCAAUUCAUACGCACAACGAGCGGAUAUUUCGACGAUAGAACACGGCAACGCGUGCGCGCUUAUCGUGCCCACAUUCACAGUGCUACAAGCGCGUAGUAAACAAAGAAAAUGAAAGAGAAGAGUCCGGGCGAGAUGGCGACUGACAAUUUGUUGUUGAAAAGCAGGAAUCCGGCGGAAGUCAAGGUGCAGAUCGUGCCAUCACAGCCGAAAACCCUUACACAUCUUCCAAAACGGCCGAAAGUGGAUUUAGCCUUCGAGAAUUUGACCUACACCGUCCAGCAAGGAAAGACAAGCAAAGUGAUAUUGAAGUCCGUCAGCGGAAGGCUUCGAUCUGGCGAACUUAUUGCUAUUAUGGGCCCCUCUGGGGCCGGGAAAUCAACGCUCCUCAACAUUCUCACCGGUUACAAAACCGAGGGAUUGCAAGGCACGAUUCUCAUGAAUGGCCAUGAAAGGGAUUUGAAUCGCUUUAAGAAGUUGUCCGCGUAUAUUAUGCAAGACAAUCAACUGCAUGCAAAUUUAACAGUGGACGAGGCAAUGAACGUAGCUGCAAAGUUAAAAAUCGGCGACAAGGAUGCAAAAGAACGAGAAGAGAUUAUCAAUGAAAUUUUAGACACUUUGAGUCUCUUGGAUCACAGACGCACGAUGACUAGUGGUUUGUCCGGUGGUCAAAAGAAACGUUUGUCAAUUGCAUUGGAAUUGGUGAGCAAUCCGCCAAUUAUGUUCUUCGACGAGCCCACAUCCGGCUUGGACAGCUCCAGUUGCUACCAAUGCAUCUCGCUGCUGAAGACCCUCGCGCAAGGCGGCCGAACAAUUAUUUGCACCAUCCAUCAACCUUCGGCGCGUUUGUUCGAAAUGUUCGACCAGCUGUACACGCUCGCCGAUGGCGAAUGCGUUUAUCAGGGAUGGACGAAGCAACUGGUGCCGUUCCUUGGCAGUUUAAACCUACCUUGCCCAUCGUACCACAAUCCCGCUUCGUUUAUUAUUGAAGUUGCUUGCGGAGAGUACGGCGACAAUACGAAAAAACUUGUCGCUGCGAUUGAGAAUGGCAAGCAGGAUAUUCGCGAGGGGAAAUUUCCGCUGCAAAAAGAUGAAAAACUGAACAAUGCGUCCUACACUGCCGCGGAGACAAAAGAUAAGAACGAUACGUCUAACAUUCAAGAAAAGUUUAAUAACGUCAACGAUGUCAACGGAUGUGAUAAGAACAAUUUAUUACCUAAGAAUGCAAUUAAUGAUAUCUCCAAAGAAAGUAAGUCGUGUCUUUUAUACACGGAAAUAAUAAAUGAUAUUUAUGACUGUAUUUUAGAUGGCCAAGUUGAAGAUAUGGAAAAGCAAGUGAAUGCCAGCUCUUCUCUCUUGGACGAUGAUGAUGGAAACGCCUUGAUUCAACCUCGUUAUGGUAACUCGGAACUCAAUCAAUUCUUCAUCAUUCUCAAGCGUACUUUGCUUUUCAGUCGCAGAGAUUGGACUUUGAUGUACUUGCGUUUGUUUGCGCACAUUUUGGUCGGUUUGCUAAUUGGAGCACUUUACUAUGAUAUUGGUAAUGACGGUGCAAAAGUACUCAGCAAUCUGGGUUUCCUUUUCUUCAAUAUGUUGUUCCUCAUGUACACAUCAAUGACAAUCACUAUCCUAUCUUUUCCUCUGGAAAUGCCCGUACUGCUCAAAGAAAACUUUAAUCGAUGGUACUCACUGAAGUCGUAUUACCUUGCGAUAACAGUGAGUGACAUGCCAUUCCAAGCUAUCUUCUGCGUCAUUUACUUAACAAUUGUAUACUUGAUGACAUCACAACCGCUGGAGUACGCCCGAUUUGGUAUGUUCUUGGCAGCGUGUCUGUUGGUAUCAUUUGUUGCUCAAAGCGUCGGUCUUGUGGUUGGAGCUGCGAUGAAUGUGCAGAACGGUGUGUUUCUGGCUCCGGUCAUGUCGGUGCCAUUCUUGCUCUUCUCCGGCUUCUUCGUGUCCUUCGAUGCAAUUCCUAUAUACUUACGAUGGAUCACAUACCUCUCUUAUAUUCGGUAUGGCUUCGAGGGUACUGCUCUAGCAACUUAUUCGUUUGAUCGUCCAAAAUUGAAAUGCUCAGCGCCUUACUGCCAUUUCAAGUCGCCCAUGACAACAUUGGAGGAAUUAGACAUGGUGGAAUCCAGUUACAGUCUGGACAUUAUCGCAUUGGUCGUGAUUUUCUUCGUUCUCAGAGUCGCCGCAUACUUGUUCUUGCGGUGGAAGUUGCGUAGCAACCAUUAAGAACACAACUGCAAAUCUAAUUAACAUGCCUUAUAUACAUGACUGAAAUAAUGCGUUCUGAACGCGUCAUAUAAAAUUCGUGUCGCAUUUAUAUUUGAUACAAUUCAAUUUUACAACAUUGACAUUUUACAUUGAAGCAAAUUGCAACUCCAAAAAAGAUAGUGUUAUAUUAAUUCGAUUUGUACUAUGUUAGCUAGUGGGUGUUAUUUAUAUUUAUGUUAAUACUAAUGAGUUUAAUUAGACAAAUAAAUUUAUUGUUAGAUUUUUUUUGCAAUCUGUUGCAUAUAACUUUUAUCUUGUGGAGUUUGGUUACGUAUUUUGUAAUUACUUUCUUAUCAUUGUAUUAGAUUUAAAUAUUACAUGUACGCACGACAGGUUAGUGUAGGCUAUCCCUCAAAGUUGAUCCAUUGUGAUAGCAAUUAUAAAAGUAAAUGUUCAGAGAUUUGUAAUUUGCAUAGUGUGAUGAGCAAGCUGUACACGUGGGGCUGUGAUGAAUUGAUUUGUCAAACGCGAUGUAACAAGUACUACAGAUUUAAAUAUAACAGUUUUGUACAGUUUUA